UACUGUGUUUACAUCCGGGUAGAUUAUUAAACGUUAUCUUUGCAGGAUUACAUUACAUUAUGGUACAGGAAUCUAUUUGAAUAAAUCUUCCUUAGUAUUCAAACAAAAUUCAAUUAUCUUGAUAAACACUCACAUCGUAAGCAAAACGCUUGAACUGAUUAUUCGUAAAACUGUUAAAUAGACUAAAAUAUUUAGUUACGUUGAGGCGCUGCCGUUAACUGACCAAUCGACAUCAGAAACCUUUAAACAAUUGUAUUUUAAUCAAUUGACAACCAUGUCAUCAAGUUCUCCAAAAUUUUCUUUGGACCUCUUUCAACAUGUUGUUUCUCACAAUCCCCAUGGCAACCUGUUCAUGUCGCCUAGCAGCAUUUUUGUUGUCAUGACGAUGAUUCAAACUGGAGCAAGAAAUGAAACUAGAAAUCAAAUGAUUUCUACUCUUCAAUUUCAAUCCAAUGAUCAACAGUCGAUACUUGCUGAUGCUGAGCAAUUAUUUAAAGUGUUGAAUACAGGGAGCGAUCAUGUCACACUGAGAAGCGCUAACAGACUCUAUCCGAACAGUGAUAAAAGCAUUUUGGAAGAUUAUAUUAAAGCUGUAGUCAAACAUUUUGCCUCAGAUGUCAAAUAUGUGGACUUCACAUCCAACCCAGAGGGAAGCAGACAAGAAAUAAACAAAUGGGUAGAGGAAGUCACCAAUGAAAAGAUAAAAAACCUUCUGCCUAACGGAUCUAUUGAUGCAUCUACAAAAAUGGUAGUUGCAAAUGCCAUCUAUUUCAAAGGAAACUGGGCGACACAGUUUGAGCCAAAGAGUACAACACAAACUGAUUUUCAUACAUUUGACGGAAAAUCGUUGAAGAUUGAAAUGAUGAAGCGAGAAAUGGAGAAAGUGCGAUAUGGCGAAAAUACACUUCUGGAUUGUAAGGUUUUACAUCUGCCUUACAUCGGGGAUGAAAUGGCUAUGGUAGUUCUACUUCCAAAUACCGUCACUGGAUUGCUGGAAUGGAGAAAAUUUCCAUUCCGAAAUUCAAGCUUGAGUUCAUUCAAGCUUAGAGAUACAUUAUCGGCUCUCGGAAUGCCGGACGUGUUCAAUGCAAUCAAAGCUGACCUGUCUGGAAUGGGGACGAACUUGUUGGUUUCUCAGGUGUUCCACAAGGCGUUUGUGGAUGUAAACGAAGAAGGUACAGAGGCUACAGCUGCAACUGCUGCAACAAUUAUUAGCUGCCGUGCUAGCAUGCCAGCUCCUCCACGGACGUUUACGGCUGAUCACCCGUUCAUGUUUAUGAUUUGGCACUAUCAGCUAAAGGCGCCACUGUUUGUUGGUCGCUUUACUGGACUAGAAACUAAAGCUGCUCAGACACGAGACGAACUCUAGAUUCCAUGAGUUUAGCAUAAAGACGUCAUUGAUAAAUAUAGUGCGCUAAUAUUGACCAAAGCCUGUUCACCCAAAUUUGAUCAUUGGUGCGGUUAAGUUUGUCAUUCGAACGUAUGCCUUUUCAUUGUUAUUUAUUAUAGCCUGUGUGUGUGUGUGUGUGUGUGUGUGUGUGUGUGUGUGUGUGUGUGUGUGUGUGUGUGUGUGUGUGUGUGUGUGUGUGUGUGUGUGUGUGUGUGUGUGUGUGUGUGUGUGUGUGUGUGUGUGUGUGUGUGUGUGUGUGUGUGUGUGUGUGUGUGUGUGUGUGUGUG